AUACAGAGGUUAAGUUAAUAUUCACUGAAUAGUAUUCAACCACUGAUUCAGUAAUUUUGAUGUGUUGUCAAUUAAAUUACAAAAAUUGUUUCAAAUUUAAAGCUGUUUAAAUUUGCUGAUGAUAAUUUUGAUGCGUUACCCUAAUAGCAUUUAAAAACUGCCCAUCCAACGACUCCAUUCCAUAUGUUUUGUUUUGAAAUAUUUUGCUGUGAAAACACGUGUUUAUUUUGAGGCUUCACUUCAUACAUGUGUGUAACAUUUUCAAUUAAUUGUUUUGUUUGUUCGUUUAUCUUUUAAUUUCUCCAAUAAUGCCAAAAUUUAAAACUAAAACACCAAAAGAACGCCAUGAUGGUUUACAAAAACAGAGUAUAACCUUCAAUAAAGACCUAGGACAACAUAUCCUUAAAAAUCCUCUGGUCAUAGAUAAUAUGGUUGAGAAGGCUGCCUUGAGGCCUACUGAUGUUGUGCUGGAAAUAGGUCCUGGUACUGGUAACAUGACUGUAAAAAUAUUACCACAUGUUAAAAAGCUUGUCGUGUGUGAAAUAGAUAUUAGAUUGGUUGGUGAAUUAGAGAAACGUGUCCAAGGAACACCAUAUCGAUCUAAAUUGAAUAUCUUGAUUGGUGAUGCUUUGAAGACAAAAUUUCCUUUUUUUGACGUUUGUCUUGCCAACAUACCUUACCAAAUAUCAUCUCCAUUGGUAUUUAAACUUCUUCAUCAUCGCCCCUUUUUCAGAUGUGCUAUUCUUAUGUUUCAAAAGGAAUUCGCUCAAAGGUUGGUUGCUAAACCAGGAGACAAACUUUAUGGACGUUUAGCAGCUAAUGUUCAACUUUUAGCUCGAGUUGACAUUGUUAUGAAAGUUGGUAAAAAUAACUUCAAGCCUCCACCAAAAGUUGAAUCCAGUGUUGUCAGAAUUGAACCAAUCAGUCCGCAGCCAGAUAUAAACUUGAAAGAAUGGGAUGGAAUGCUGAGACUCGUUUUCCUGCGAAAAAACAAAACUAUUGGUGCAAUAUUUCGUCUAAAAGCUGUGAUUGAUUUAAUGGAAAAAAAUUAUCGAGUUUAUUGUAGUUUAAAAAAUAUCAAACUUGACGAAAAUUUCAGUUGCAAAGAAAUGGUGGAAAAGGUUUUGGAAGAAACUGGAUUUCAAGAAUCUCGUGCUAGGUCCAUGGAAAUAGAUCAACUUCUUGUACUUUUGUGCGCUUUCAAUUCUAAAGGCUUCCAUUUCGUUGCUUGAUUCACCUCCUUUGACUAAAAUUAAAUCAAAAUUGUACAUACAAUUUUAUUUAUUUAUUUAUUUAUUUAUUUUACAUAAAAAAGUAUUAAUGUCUGCUUAUACUAUACACUUCAUAAAUUAUGUCUCAUAAUCACAUAAUGUCAUUUUAUUUUCAUGCGUUCAAGUUAUUCAUCUUACCUGGCCAUCAUCUAAUCAAUAGAUGAAUAAACAGUCAAUUUCUCCAGUGA